CGCAGGGGUCAGAGAGAUGGUGUUCGGUCCGACAGCCGCAGUCGCAAAGUGGGCCUCGCAGCCAAACGAACGGCCAUGGGACCCGGAGUGAACGCUCCGCCGCCUCUACUCGCUUCUCAGACCAUUGCCGUGCUGCUGGGCGUGCUCGUGCUGCUGGCGGUACCCGAGGUCGGAGCCUCUGGGUCAUCAUCAUCUGAAGCUGGACUGCCAGACGCCUCUAUACACAGUCGGAGGUUCAUGACCCCUUUCCGUCUGCGGCGGACCCCGCUGCAGUAUGUCGAUGCAGACUCUGACCUACCAAGCAGCGGUCGUUUCGAGCUGGCUCCGGGUGUAAGUGUCACCUUUUCAUCACCAAACUACCCCGAAGACUACAGCCCACGUGUCUGGACAUCAUGGCUGUUCACGACUGCGGAGCAAGGAUCUCUAACGCUGAGCUGUCCCGACUACCAGCUCUCCGACCAAGAUACUCUGCUAGUACGGCGGGGUCAGGAUCAGCGCGUCAAAUUUGAUAAGGACGCGUCUCCCGAGGUGUACUCCGACGCACCGCUUUUAGUGGAACUGCGCACACGGGGUAGAGGCAGAAUGCAGUGCAUGGUUCAAGCCCUAAAUGACGGCACGGUGACCCAGCAGAUGGGCGCUGCGACGGUCGACAGCCGUCAGCCGGUGGACUCUCAGACGAGACCUCAGCCCAGUGAGAGCGGCCCCGCGUCGACAGAGAACCGACUGCUGCUCGGUGAACAGUUACCAUCUGUACAGAACAGACCGCUCGGGCAGCCAGUACCGGCGGUACAGAACAGACCACUCGGUCAACCAGUACCGGCGGUACAGAAUAGGCCACUGGUGCCGGAGACGGGAGCUAUAAUUGGGGAGACAAAACCUCUCUUCCCCCAGACAGCAGCAAACAGGCCGCUAUUUCAGGCAGCGGGUGCCAUAGCGAAGCCAUUAUUCGUCCAGGAAGUUGAAUUUGGCAUCAGGCCGCUGUUCGUAGCUCAGGGUCCCGUGAAUGUUAUUUCCAAGCCGUUGAUUGCCCAGCAGAAACCCGUUCUGGCCCAGAGCCGGCCUCUGUUUCCGGCCGGCAGUCCAGUACUAACCGAGACAAAGCCACUUCUGGGUCUGCUAUCUGCCGAUGAAUCGGAAAAUAAACCACUUUUUCCACCGGUAGGACCGGCACGAAAUGUAAAGGAGACGCAAAAACAACUACCAAAAGCAAAAACACGCCAAACACCUUUAAAUAACACGUCGAAUAUGGAACCAGUAGAAACUGACGAAAUGGAACCAGAGGAUGACUAUUCAACCGAACUUCAAAAGUCGUCAUUGAACAGCGAAAUAUGUGGAAAGGUGUUACAAAAUACAAGAAUCAUUGGAGGCGACCUCGCAAAAGAAAAGGCUUACCCUUGGCUGGGUGCGGUGGCCAGCAGCAUUGGUUCAACUCCAUUCUGCGGCGCGGCGAUCAUCAAUGAACGGUUCCUAAUCACAGCCGCUCACUGCGUCAGAAGGAGGGAGCCAAAGCGUGUCAGCGUGCUGGUAAAGAAGUGGAAGCGGUUCCUGGACAGCAGCGAGCUCCGUCUGAGGCUGGAGAACAUCACCAUCCAUCCCGAUUACAACGACACCACCCAGUUUAACGACAUCGCAAUACUUAAGACGCGCCGCUCGAUGGCGGACCUGUUCUCGGAGCCGGACGGCCGGGUGCGUCCCGUCUGUCUACCCACGGCGCGCUGCUCCGGCGCCGACGCCGCCCAGCCCGCCUGCUUCGCCGGCCAGCACGCCUCGGUCGCCGGCUGGGGCAUCUCCAACACGGCACUGUUCUCGUCGCCGGCCGCGCUGCUGCACGUGCAGCUGCCCAUCCUGGAGAACGCCGCCUGCCGCGCCAGCUACCACCACAUCUUCCGCAUCACCGACCGCAUGCUGUGCGCCGGGGUGGACAAGGGCGGCAGGGACACGUGCCAGGGUGACAGCGGCGGGCCGCUGGCGGUGACGGACGAGAACGGCGUCUUCACCAUGGUCGGCGUCGUCAGCUUCGGCAAGGGCUGCGCCGAGCCCGGCAGCCCGGGGGUCUACACCAGGGUCUCAGAGUACUUGGACUGGAUCAUCGAAACAACGCGCCUGUAGAUGUCCAGAUUGGACUUCUGAUGGCGCAAACGCGCACAUUGUAACUCAAUCAUUGUAUUUAUUUAUCUUUCGCGAUAGUUUUGAUGUAGCUGCACACGCACAGUGCACGUACCGGUACGAGUCUGCAUGCGUAUGUAUGACAGUGUGGGGAGGAUAAAACUGCUACUUAAAAAAAAAAACGGGAAAGGUCAUUAGCUUUGUGGUCGUGUCGUGACCGACCCCGGUAGACAUGAUCACGUCACGUCAUUCCAGCUCGAACUAUGUAGGGUCUACGGUGGUCGGUGGCCCAGUAUCAGCGAAAUGAUCGCUCGUUCCGAACGUGACAUUGCCACCAUGCUCCGUCUCACCACCUGUCCGGACGCUCCUGAGAUGCUGCGUCGCCGAGUGUUAACGCUGUCCCAUUUGUCGUCUCGCUCGUACGCGCAAGUGAGAGUAGGCAGAUGGGGCUGCCCAGAGUACAGACUGAAUUCGCCAGAGCGGCUUUCUCCACAGGGCGGCGAAAUUGUUUUAAUGUUUUUACGCUGGAUGCUCCUUGCCGAGCUGUAGUUUUAACUCAAUAUCUUGCGCAAUUUAUUUACAACUAAGUUUGCUUGGAUUAAGCAUGAUUGUAUUGUAUUUUAUGGUUACCUUGUUCCUCUUAUCACACGAAAGGUAUUCAUGUGCAUUAUUUUUUAUUACAUAGUAGACACAAAAUAAUAUAUGUUAUGGAGGGUUUGAAUACAGUUUAUGUAUCUCCAUCUGUACCUGACUCUUGAGCCUUCAAAACCGCUGUGCCAGAUUAUUGACAGAAACGUUUUUUUUCAAACCCGAAUAAGUGCAUAGAGAUCCUAUACCAACAGUGCACACUGUACAAUAAAUGCACCUCUCAAU